AUGGACGAAAAAUCUUUAUCCAGUUUUGUCAACCCGGACUCUCAGGAUAAAGCUUUCGAUGUUACUGAACCGACCGUAGACCUUCAACCGGAAUGUUUAGAACAUUUAAAGAAAACCGAUCCAUCUCAUAUUUCCGAUGACUCUUGCUUAUUUAAUGAUGAUAGUAGAUCCGAUUCGAAACACCCCUUACCAAAUAAUGACAAGGAGGCGGAUCGCCUGCAAGUUGUACAUUAUCUAUUAAAAAGUCUUUUUCAAUCGAAUUAUAUUGCUCCCGUCCACUCAAUUCUUAAAGAUAGCAACGCGAAAGUACUUGACGUUUGUUGUGGUUCGGCUAUAUGGAUUCUUGAAAUGGCUGCUGAAUUUCCUUUGUCUACCUUUACUGGAAUUAACAUCACAACCAUCUGUCCACGUGAUAUUCCAUCCAAUUGUAAUUUUAUUCAAGCAAACAUCCUUGACGGAUUACCAUUUCCAGAUGAUUAUUUCGAUUACGUUCAUUGUAGAUGUGCUCUUGCAGGUUUCAAUGUAAAUAAUGUAAAUGAUUGGAAUAAUAAAAUUAUUCCUGAAAUAGUAAGGGUCUCAAAACCUGCCGCUUUUUUUGAACAUUGCGAAUUUGAUGUUCAUAAUGUUAAUGCCGGACCCAUCUUAAAGAAAAUUUCCAAUGCAGAAUUAUCAUUUGGGUCUUCUCGUGGUGUCGAUGGCAUGGUUUUCGAUAAAAUAGGCGAUUUUCUUCUAAGUAAUAAAUUUUUAACAAAUAUUAACCAACAAAAAAAAUAUUGCCCUCUUGGUACAUGGGGUGGUGAAUCUGGGAAGAUGGUAUUGGUUCAAUCGCAAAUGGCCGAAUUUAUGAACUUAACUUCUCAAGAAUUCGAAGAUAUGAUUAAUGAUUGUAUAAAAGAGGCCGAAAGUUUCCGUACUUAUUCGAAAAUUCAUAUUAUUUGUGCUCAAAAGAUUGUUCCAUCAAUCACCGU